GUUCUUGGUAAGGCCAGCUCGUGUAUAGUUCUAUAUAAUGUCUUCGCCAGCUGCUCCUCAGUUGAUUCCCUACCACACACUCACUACACUCACUAAUACACGGUUAUCACCGAUCACACUCGUUUUCAACGACCUCCAACGCCUUACAACUUAAUACCUUCCGUAUUUUAAUACCACCCCCCAAACCAAACAUCAAGAUGCGUUCCUUCGCCGUCAUUGCUGGCUUCGCUGCCGUUGCCCUUGCCGCUCCCCAGGCUUACGAGGCUUACCCUGCUGCCCCGGCCUCUUCCUCCGCCGCUGCUGAGUACCCCGCCUACCCUGCUGAGACCCCCGAGGCCUCCAGCUCCAUGCCCGCCUACGAGGCCGCUACCUCCUCCGCUGCUGAGUACCCGUCUUACCCCGCUGAGACCCCCUCCGCUUCCAUGGAGGCUUCCAAGCCCGCCUACGAGGCCAGCUCCAUGGCUCCCGUCUACUCUGCCUCCAAGCCCGCCUACACCACCACCGAGGUUGUCCACGCCACCAGCUACGUCUGCCCUGAGCCCACCACCAUCACCUACGGUGUCUCCACCUACACCAUCUCCUCCAGCACCACCCUCAGCAUCCCUGAGUACACUGCUACCUACGUCCACACCCCCACCCCCGAGGUCCCGGCUGUCCCCAUGCCCACUGUCACCUCUGCUUCCGUCCCGGCUGCUGAGCACACUGCGCCUGCCUACACCCCGGUUGCUCCCAUCUACCCCUCCUCCAACGGCACCGUUCCCCAGGUCCCUGCCGGAACUGCUGCUCCUACUGGCACCGGUGCUAUGCCCAGCGCCUCCAAGCCCGCUGAGUUCACCGGUGCCGCCGGCAAGGUCUCCGUUGGCUUCUUCGCCAUCGCUGGUGCCCUCGCUGCUUUCUUGUAAGCGGUUCGCUCUUGAGUGAUUCGUCGGGACGCGGUUCUCCACGUCCUUGCUAGUCUCUUCUCGAGUUUUGGAAAGAGGAGGAAAUAAAACAUGGCUUCACGGGUUACGACUUCGACUCUUGCAUCACGAUUCAGUCUAGGAUUGGGAGCGCGGUGUUGGUGGUACGAGCCCUUU